CACAUUUUUUGUUUUAAACUCGACUCCUCUCUGGAGUCUGAACAUUAAAAACUCACGAAUGGAAUUUGUAGUGGAAGAAGGCAAGGAACCUCGCAGAGAGUGUUCGACUCUGCUUCUGCCUGCAUUGUCGAUUGGGAAUGUGGGGCAGCUAGCAGUGGAUCUCUUGGUGUCUUCGUCGAGAGCGGAGAGAGUUGGGUUUUUAGACGAUCCUAACAUUCUUCCCUGUGUUGGUAACGAUGCUUAUGGUCCUAUUCCUUGCGGCGAGCUCGCUCUUCCUCUUGAAGCUUAUGAGUCACCCUCCAAUGCCUUGACUCUCAUUCAACAAAGAUCCCCUGUCGUCCAGGGAAUGAUGGUUGAAUUUGCCAAAAACUUGGCGGACUUUGCUGCUGCUAAUGGAAAAGAGCAUGUUGUUGUGCUUUCAAGUUUAGACUUUGGGAGGUGGCGGCAUAUUGACAUGUCAAGUGGUUUGCAGAUAUACUACCUAUCUAGCGCCAAACCCGAUGGCACAGAUGAUUACUGUGAACAACUUGGGUGGAAAAGACUGCAGGAAUAUAACCCUGAUCAAAGGUCAUGGCAAUUUCUUAGCUCUUUGGCUGAAGGAAAUGAUGUGCAGGAUAGCAGUUACCCUUUUGAAGAUGAUGUAGAAGAAGAAGAUUAUUAUCCAAGUUUACCUUUCGCUGCACUUUUUUCUUGUUUCAAGGCGAAAGGUUUAAAAGUUACAUGCUUAUUAUGUUACUGCUCAGAAGGAGAUAACACAUCUGAUGCUUUUCAUUUGGCUGAGUCUACAUGCAAACUUUUGGGGCUGAGCCCUGAUAAUUUCUGUGUUGAAGAGAAAUGGCGUAUCCCAUAUUCGUGGAAGACUGUGUAUGGACCACCCCCGGAUAUGGCCAUCUUCUAGGUUUGAUGUAAUGUUAACAAGUCAUAUACUGUACUAAGACCAUAAGGAUGCGGUGCUUGUUUUCAAUGCUCUUAGAAUGUCUUUAUAAUCUGUUGGUGGAAGUCCCUUACAAGAUCUGAAGAGCAUAGACUUUGCAGCUGAAAGUCCUGACUAAAGUUUGCCAUGUAUUGGCAGAAUGAGUUGAUCAAAUAUGAAUGUAUGUAUUUACUCUCAUUGUUCAGAAAUGGGUGUUAAGUAAUGCGAAAAAACUGCCAUUUUAUUUUA